AUGGGAAGCGGGAAACUUUUGGAAGAAUUCACAAGAUUUUGUGUAAUAUUUGGUUGGUCGUGUAAUUUUCUUAGUGGUAGUUAUAGCUUGGUGACAUUGCUCAAAAAAGGAUCUGGCUCUUACAUCCCCCCAUUCGCGAGCAAAAUUCAACCCGUGAGCAGAAAAAAAAUCGACCAUGUUAUGCCAAAGCUAGUGUCAGCGUCGACUUUGAGAGCUAAAUAUCUAGAGCUCUUAAAAAGUAAAAUUUUGGGAACGCCUAUCAUGUUAAACACCAUAAUCUUCAAACAUCUUAUGGUAAUCUAA